UGUUUUCCGGCAAUAACAGAAAAUGUUUUAUCUAAUUCCUUAAAUUGCGGAAGAUUUUAAAUGUUUUAAAAGUUUUACGAUAUUUGAUGUUUGUGAUUUUAAGAGCAUGACAAGAUGAGACCUGUUUUGUAUUUUGUUUUGACGACUGUUUCGAUAGUUGUUGCGAAAUCAUCAGAAUGGGAUAUGUUCGCCUUGAGCUUAACAUGGCCAGUAACACUAUGUAGAUUCAGUGAACUGAAUAAACCGCCUCAAAAAUGUGUAAUCUCGUCAAAACUGUGGACAAUUCACGGUCUUUGGCCAAGUGCCAGAAAUAGAGAUCACGACCCUGAAAAUUGCCCGAUAUCCAAACCCUUUAAUAAAAACGAGAUCCAGAAUUUAUGGGAACCUUUGAACAAAUACUGGCCGAAUCAAUUUCCAAGAACUCCAAAAUAUUCAUUCUGGAAACAUGAAUGGGAAAAGCAUGGCAGAUGUGCAACAGAAGUGAGAGAAACAGGGAGCGAGCAUCUCUAUUUCAACAAAACUCUUUCUCUGCGUAUGAAAUACAACAUUGACGAAAUUUUAUCUUCUGCCGGUAUCAAGCCUGGGGAAAAGUACCAGCUGCAAGACAUCAAAAGUGUUUUAAAACAAAAAUUGGGAAGCAAACCAAUCAUAUUAUGCGGUAAUGUCAAGAAAGUUCACUGGAUAUCGGCGAUGGUAAUAUGCAUGGAUAGGAAGUUCCAACUAUUUGAUUGUCCAGAGAAAAGGAUAGCAGAGAGAUCGUAUUUCAACACACCGCUGCCGCCACACGAUCGGUGCCGAGCAGAAGUGUUUUAUCCAAUGAAAUAGUAAUGAGAAUAAUGAUGUAUUCUUCAUGAAGUAUUCCAACACGCUACUGGCUGAUAAUAAAGCAACACUGUAGUCAUUUUUUAUAGAACUCUGAGAACAUUUAGACAGAUGAAUUGAUUGAAAAUAGAAAUGAAAUGAAACCAAAAAUUUAAAUAACACUGUUUGACACUGACAGAACUUACGUAUAAGAAAAAAACUUGCGGUACAUUUAUAUUCAAUAGUACCCUGUAUUUAAAGAUUGGUUUUGUAGGUUUUUUUAUUUACCUGUCUGUAUAGGUUUUAAACCGUGUUUCAAACAUUUAUUUUUUUAACAAAAAUUACAUGCGUUUCAUUUUUACAUGAUUAAAACUCAUUAUCAUUA